CUCACUUCCCGUCCCACCCACCUUGUGGCGUCGUUUCCUGGUGGUGGCAGUCAGCAACGAGUCUCACUCCAAGCGAGCCGACGUUAUACCUACGCUAUAAACAAAAGUUAACCCAACGGUCCAAGCUCAACGACACUUUCGGCGAAAAGACAUGCAUAUCAAGACAGGUACAUGGGAAGCCAGUAACACUGUGUGCGAGUCUGAUACCUUGUGCGACCCAGCAGUCCUCGUUGCAACCACCAACCCAGAGCCACACAUCCGAAACCGCCGCCUGUCACCCGGUUCCGGCGGCGGAGGAGGAGGUGGCUGCAUCUCCGGAGGGGAGUCCCGGCAUCUCUCCCCCGGCGCGGACCUGAACGGGGCCACGAGCCACGUGCACACAUUCACCUUCCGCAGGGAAAAGGAGCGCAAAGGCCCGCAGCACAAAGGCGGCAGCCUUCGCCGAGAGGUCAGCCAGAAAGGGCUCAACCGCUCACAAAAGGCGAACCAGAAGGAGAGGUGGGUGGAGGACAGUCUGUCGCUGCUCAAGCCCCCGCCUGCCUUCCCGGUGCAGGACAGCCCCGCCAAGCUGCAGCCGGCUGUCAGCUACGCCUCCAAGGUGAAGGCAAAAACGGCGAGUGGCAUUCUGGAGGACGACCGCCCCGCCAUCGGCGUUCUGCUCCAGAACCAAUGGGGGCUCAGUUUCAUCAGCGAGACCAGGCCCGCUGCCCCAGAGAGCCCCAACCCUCAUCCCGCAGCCCCAGACUCCCCUGCACCUCAAGUCACAGACACACAAGCGCCAGUAGAACCACCACUCGCCAUCCAGCCUCCUCAAGAAACCACUAGACCCUUCACUACCUCCACUGCCCCGGCUACACACUCUGAGCUGGACGAGCACAACGGGGAGCUUCUGCUCAGUUGUCGCCACCUUAUGGAGGCUCUGAACUUCCACAAUAGAGAAUGGAAUGCAAUCUGUAACCAACAGAAAAAAGAUCCAAAAAGAGUUGUGUGGUACAAGGACUUUCGGGAGCACCCGGCCUAGGAGCGCACAGAGGCCCAAAGCGUAUUCAGAUCGACACAUCAAUACACACACACACCCACACACACGCAUCAAAUCAACAUGCGCCUUCAUGCACAUUAAGACACCUAACGACGGACGAUUCUCGGAGUCCCCUCUCACACGCUGCACUCAGGAUGAUGUCUUCAUGCAAAGCCACACUGAGACACUUUGGACUAACUCCUUUUUGAGAUCUUACAGCAAUGAUUUUUUUUUUAAUCGCCUUAUUAAAAAAAAGUCUGCCUUAAGUAAUCAAACCGCCCCCCCAUCCCCCCCCCCCUUUUUGGAAGUUGCAGUUUUAAUAAACGGUGUCCCGUGUAAAGCGUGUGGUCAAUCAAGCACUUUGUUAAAGAUGAAUUUGUUAUUAGCGAUGGCCGUGCGAGAAACUCGCGGCGAUUUAUUAUUUUUCUUCCCACCCACUCCCCAUUUCCGUGUGAGGUGUGGCGUCUUAUACCUGCUCGAAUUUUACUGUUAUUGUCUUUUUCGGUUUACAAAGGGGUCUCUUCAAAGGCACAGUAGAAUUCCCCCUUUAGCCCUGUCAGAUCUUAAUGCUGUCCCCGUUUGUUUUUUUUCCAUUUGUUCUGUUGUUCGCUUUCUAAUGAGGUGAAUGUUCAUGAAUUCAUAAGGGAGUUAAGUGUUCAAUACGUUGAUUUUAUUAUUGUUUUUUGGGGGGGGGGAGAAUUUGGAAAAAAAUUACACUGGAGGAGGAAUGUACGUGAACAGUAUUGCUUAAUAAAAGUGAAUAAACUUG